UUCCAUCAACGCGCAUGCGCAGAGUUCUCCUCCUGCGGCUUGCCGUAGUAAUGCGAAUGUCAUCUGAAUGAAAAUGACUUCUCUCAGACUGUUUGUCCGCCAGGCGUCGCUGUUCGCCGCGGCUCCGGGGUUAACGGCUCUGAUGAGCGGCUCGGUUCUGGCUGCCAGCGAGGGGAAGAAGAAGAACUCCCAGGCCGCUCUGAGCAUCGACGAGUUGCCGUCUCUGUACACCAGACCCGAGCCGACACCGGCGCCGCUGGAGCCGGAGGCGGGCCAGCUGGAGCAGAGCGUGGCGUCGAUGAGGAAAUGGGCCACGCCUUACACCGACAGCUGUCAGCAAAAUGUCCGACUGGCAGCAGAGAAAGCUGAGCAGGUGUACAGAACGGCGGAGCCGACGCUGAACGCAUCGUUAUCGACCAUCAGUGAAACGUACCGGUUCCUCAGCGACCCGCCUCCGGACCUCUAUCCCAGCGCCGCCGCCAUCGGCUUCUCCGGGUUCCUGGGACUCUACCUGGCCAGAGGCUCCCGGCUGAAGCGCUUGGCGUUUCCUGCGGGCCUCAUGGCGCUCAGCGCCUCCAUGUUUUACCCCCAGCAGGCCGCCGCCCUGGCCAAGUUGAGUCGAGACCAGGUGCUCACCUGGACUCGGCAGGGCCGCGUUGCCAUGGAAACUCUGUGGAAAGAUCCCCCGUUGAGCAAGAAAAAGGCGGUGAAACCCAGGAAGUCAGAGGAGGCAGAGAGCAGCGACAGAAACAGCUGAUCAGCUGCAGGUGGCAGAAACCCGAUCACACGAUCAAACCGGCGCUCUGAAGGACGGCGGCCGUUCCAGGAAGCAGUUUGUGUUACUUUGGCUGAAAUUUGCUUCUUGGAAACGGUUCUUCCUCCUCCGCUCUUCAUCGUUUUCUCUCUCCUGUGAUCUGAACACCCGGUGGCGCCGCGGCUUCAGACCGGCGCUAACAUGAACACCGAGUUCUCUGGAUCGUCUCCUCUUCCUGGUAUCAGGGAAUCAUCUGCAGUUCUGUGUUUCCUCGCUGGUUCUGUCAAACCAAACAGCUUCUCUGUUUUUCUGUCCCUCCUGCAGCACACCUCACUGCCGUCUCACACCUCCUGUUGUUUUACAGUUAAAUAAUCUUCACAUUAUGAAUCAAAACCUGUAAAAUGUAGAAAAUAAGAGUUAAAUAUGGUUAAAACUGUCUCCAAAAUUCAAGGAAUUAGCCAACUAAUCAGGAACUUUUAUGUCUUUAAUUAUUUUAAUGAAAUUAAAUCACUAAUCCAGAAAAUGAGUUAUAGAUGCAACCCAACAUUAGAUGAUUAAAAUACUUAUUAUGAUGCUUUCUGUGAGUUUAUCCAUCGUAAAUGUUAUUAAAUAGAUGCAUGGCUACAUGUUCUCACUAAAUGUCACUAAAUAUGUUAUUUAAUGAUAAUAAAACAUUUUGUGAGUUUUCC